AUGAGGCCUUCACCUUUACUGGAUAUCGAGUAUCAGCGAGUAAUGAAUAGUGUUAAACUCAAAAUUACUAAUGCAACAUGCCUAGCAUUAUUAACUGAUGGCUGGACUAAUGUAACCGGUGGUGGAAUAAUUAGUUUUGUCAUAACUACACCUGAACCAGUAUUUUAUAAAAGCGUUGUGCCAGGGACAAAUCGAGAAACAACUGAGUAUAUAAAAGAUCAAAUUGCAUCCGUUUUAAAAGAAAUUGGGCCAGAAAAGCUUUUACGUAUAUGUACAAAUAAUGAUAGUGCUAUCAAAGGUGCUUGGGUUAAAAUCAAAGAGGAAAAUGAAUUCAAACAUAUAUUUGCUGUAGGCUGCUUAGCUCAUGGACUUAAUUUAUUGCUUAAAAAUUUAUGUGCACUUCCAUCAUUUGAUAAUAUAAUAUCCAAAGUAAGAUGCAUUGUAAAACAUGUUAAAAAUACUUAUGUAGUAUUUUCUACAUUCAAAGAUAACCAAUUUAAACUUUAUGGACAGUCAGCAACUACACUAAAAUUGCCAAGUAACACUAGAUGGGCUGGAAGCGUUAUUAUGAUGCAAAGUCUAUUAAAAAAUAAACAGAGCUUAAAGGAAACUGAUAUUGCUCCUAAAUUAGUAAAGGUUUUUGAUAAAGUCGCUCAAAAAAAUUUACUAGAUGAAGAUGUAUUUUGGGUGAAUGUCAAAAGAUUAUUAUCAAUAUUGUCUCCAAUAUCAAUUGGUAUUACAAAAUCUGAAUCAGAUAAAGCUAGACUCUCAGAAGGUCAUGCAAUUUUAUCAAAAAUUGUAAAAGACAUAAAAGAAGGAAUGGUAACCUAUCCACUUACAACAACAAAAGAAGAAAAAGUAAAUUCCAUAAUUGUAAAGAGGAAAACAUUUUGUUUAUAUCCUGUUCAUAGUGCAGCUAACUUAUUAGACCCUAAAUAUAAAGGUAUUGAUUUAAACUCUACUGAAAUCUUUGAUGCUAUAAAUACUAUUUUAAGUAUAAACAGUUGGUUAAACCUUGACCAGAGACCAAUUUUGGCAAACUUGGCAGAGUACCGUACAUGUACAGGUUUGUUUGGACUAUCUUACAUAAUAGAAUCAGCUGAAUACUGUUCUCCUGAUGUUUGGUGGAAAGGCUUAGCAACAAAUGAACCUGAAAACUACUUAGUUUGCCCUGCACAUCGGCAUCUUGUGAAAGAAAUUGGUCGGCUUUUGGUAAAAAGAACUAAAGAAGUUGAUUCUGAAUCGAUUAAUAUUGAUGACCAAAUUAUAAGUAUAAGUUCUAGAUCAGAAACUACAGAAUCAGAUAGAAGUGAUCCAGAUGCCAAUAUUAGCGAUGACGAAACAUUUUCAUCUCUCAUUAAUAAAAAAUAA